CAGCAAUUUCUGGGAAGUGAACAGCAGUGGACAGCCCAAUUGUUAUAUAUUUUUUUUUUUUGCAAGGGAACAGCCCAAUAACAUAAUAACCAGACAACCCAAACUUUAUCCUCACUUUCUUGAUUUUCGAACCUACCAGUGAACCAGCGGCUGAGGUCCGACUUCAGCCAAAAAUCCCAAAUAAACGGCCCUAAAGUCCCGGCCAGCCAUACUUGGAAGGCAGGCAGCGACAACACCAAGCUUAACUCCAUCUUUAUUCUUUACCAACCAACGACACCUCACUGGAGAAGUUUGUGACCUUCAAGAAGGUGAUGGUCUUAUAAAUUAUAAUGAAGCUUUAAAUUCAAGAAGACGUCUCUUUUGGGUGUCCUCAACUGUCUGGAAGACAUGGAUGAGCUCUCUUGAAGGUCCCAAUCUUUGCUUCCCUUAACAAUCUUCGCCAUUGAAGACUUACCUUUUUACUCUAAAUCAUCAGGCGUGGUUUUUCGCUCCUCGCUCCAUUUUAUUUAUUCAUUUAUUCUAUUUAUGUAUGAUUAUUAUUAUUAUUAUUUUCUUCGUGAACCAUAAUCAAUUAAUGCUUGUCGAAGUGUCGUCACCAAUUGAGGUGGUGGAAGAGUGAUUACCAAAUAUUCUUCUGGCUAAAUUAGACACUCGGUUCCAUUCUCGGCUAUUCAAUAAUUUAAAUAUCAGGGUUAGUUAUGGCAAUGGCAAAGGCAAAGAAAUCUGAUAAGUUUUCAGUAGAUUUCGCCAUUGGAGGAGUUGCCGCUGUAAUAUCAAAGAGUGCAGCGGCCCCCAUUGAAAGGGUGAAGCUUUUGUUGCAAAAUCAAGGGGAGAUGGUCAAAAGAGGACAGCUAAGGACACCGUACAUGGGAGUUGGUGAUUGCUUUCAACGGGUUUUCAGAGAAGAAGGUUUUUUCUCUUUCUGGAGAGGAAACCAGGCUAAUGUCAUACGAUAUUUCCCUACUCAGGCUUUCAACUUUGCAUUCAAAGGUUACUUCAAAAGCAAAUUUGGAUGCUCCAAAGAAAAAGACGGAUACUUACUGUGGUUCGCUGGAAAUUUGGCUUCAGGAAGUGCUGCAGGAGCAACCACUUCUUUAUUUCUGUAUCAUUUAGAUUAUGCACGAACAAGACUAGGGACUGAUGCAAGGGAGCAUUCUGUUAAUGGUCAGCGUCAGUUCAAAGGGUUAAUUGAUGUUUACCGUAAAACUUUGUCAAGUGACGGAAUAGUAGGUCUAUAUCGAGGAUUUGGAGCUUCAAUAAUGGGGAUUACACUGUACCGAGGCAUGUACUUUGGAAUAUAUGACACCAUGAAGCCUAUCAUUUUGGUUGGCCCUUUAGAGGGGAAUUUCCUAGCUAGUUUUUUUCUAGGUUGGACUAUUACAACAGUCUCUGGGGUGUGUGCAUAUCCUUUUGACACUCUUCGUAGAAGAAUGAUGUUGACCUCUGGUCAAUCCUCUAAGUAUCGCAAUGCAGUGCAUGCUUUUCGUGAGAUUGUUCGCCUUGAAGGUUACAUGGCACUGUAUCGAGGAGUUACAGCAAAUAUGCUUCUUGGUGUUGCUGGUGCUGGAGUUCUUGCAGGAUACGAUCAGCUACACCGGAUGGCAGGUAGACAUGGUUACUAUUUUGAGCCACGACAAACAACUUUGAAGUGAAAGUAGAAUCUGGAUCCAGUUGCGUACACUAGUAUUUAAUUUAUUUUUUUUCUUUUCUUUUUCAGUUGAUUCAUACCCUAAAAGGGUAAAUCUAAAAUCUGUGAAAAUACUGAUUUGAAUCAUUUAUCUUCCUGAUAAGCCAGGGGGAAUAACUUACACAUGUAUAUUCUAUGUACAGUUGAGACGCACAAUCUUUAAUCAAUCUUACUAUUGGUAGGAUUGUUGGUACAAAAGCGGUAGUUGAAACAUAUUCUUUGUCAAUUUAUUUGUUCUUCUGAUUUGAACUGGAGUUAUUCUUUGAAGAUGGAAUAUAGUUUUAUAAUUCAUUGUUU